AUGUCCACCCCUAAACCAGAUGGAGGACUCAUCCCAGGCAUUCUCGAUCCCAUGAUUGGAUCUACUGGUGUUCUUCCUGUGCCUGUGAUCCAGCCCACGCCGACUUCCAAUGCCCCUGCCUCGACUCCUGAUGUAUCCGCCCCAGGCCAGUCAAGCUUCCUCGGGCCUUUCAUUGUCCCCGGAUCGACUGGUGGUGCCUCUGGGCCGAAGCCCACGCCAACUUCCACUGAACAUGGUGGAUUGCUUCCCGGCGUAAUUCCAUCGACUGGCCUUCUACCUCCAAUUGAGAGCAUCCUCCAGCCCACUGGUACUGGUGGAUUGCUCCCUGGUGUAGUCCCAUCAACUGGUCUCCUUCCCCCGGUUGAGAGCAUUAUCCAGCCCACUGGUACUGGUGGAUUGCUCCCUGGUGUAGUCCCAUCGACUGGCCUUCUCCCCCCAGUUGAGAGCAUCAUCCAGCCCACUGGUACUGGUGGAUUGCUCCCUGGUGUAGUCCCAUCGACUGGCCUUCUCCCCCCAGUUGAGAGCAUCAUCCAGCCCACUGGUACUGGUGGAUUGCUCCCUGGCGUAGCCUCAUCAACUGGUCUCCUUCCUCCAGUUGAGAGCAUCCUGAAGCCCACUUCAGCAGGUGGCUCAUCUGAGCCGAAGCCGACAGCAACCUCUACCGAACGUCCUGGUUUGCUCCCUGGCGUACUCCCAUCGACUGGGCUUCUCCCUCCGCUUGAGAGCAUCAUCCAGCCGACUGGUACUGGUGGACUGCUCCCCGGUGUACUCCCAUCAACUGGCCUCCUUCCUCCAGUUGAGAGCAUUCUGCAGCCCACUUCAUCAGGUGCUUCAUCUGAGCCAAAGCCGACGGCAACCUCUACCGAACGUUCUGGUUUGCUUCCCAACAUACUCCCAUCGACUGGCCUUCUUCCUCCGAUCGAGAGUAUCUUGAAGCCCACCUCGACUGGCGGUCUUCUGCCAAUCCUGUCCACGGGCACCGCAUCUGGCAUCGUUAUUGGCAUCACUACGGCUCUUGGUACUGGUUCAACUGGUGCUUCAAUCGCGAUACCAACAGCCUCUCUCAUGAGCUCUGGAGCCAUCCCAACGUCUGAGGCAACAGCCACAAACUCUGGCGGUCUACCAGCAAUCCUAUCGUCGGUUCUGUCUGAGCUUCCUGGCAUCUCGCACACUGGUACUGGUGCGCAUGGCACCGCGCCCAUCCCGACAUCAACUGCGAGUGUGUCCGGUAUUCUCCCCCCAAUUGUGUCUUCGCUUCUCUCAAACCUCCCAGCAUCUGAGAUGCCGAGUGCUCUGUCAAGCAUCAUGUCUGCGUUGCCCGUUGCAACUGGUUCCGGCCCCGUCACCCUCCCGACCGUAUUGCCCUCGAGCGUGCUCUCCUCAGGCAUCUUCCCGUCUUCGGGAAUGGUACCAUCUGGCGUUGUUCCAUCCCCCACAGCCGUCUUGUCAUCGGGUCUUCCGCUCUCUUCUGGCAUUAGCAUGUCAUCUGGAAUACUUCCUCCUUCAGGUUCAGUGCCAACUGGUUCUGUUAACCCAACUGUGUCGUCUUCUGGCGUACCGGCUUCUGAAGCUCUUUCAUCUUCGGUGCCUACGCAGUCAGCAACAGCCAGCAUCACGCCUUCAGCAACAUCCGGCAUCAUUCCUUCAGGCACAGGCGUCAGCGGAACAUCGGCCUCGGCCCCUGUUCCUUCAUCCGCGCAGUCUCUCAGCGUCCCCGCCUCUGAAGGGCCUUCGACUGGUUCGCCCAGCAGUGCUAAGCCGACAUUGAUGCCCACAGCCUCUGCUAACGCAACCCUCCGCAACCCUGCUGAUAACUUCUGGCAUAACCCUGACGAGACUGUCAACGAUCUUACCAGCCAGAUCAACACAGCGUGCCCUCUUGCUGCUGGCAACCUUCCUGGUAGCAGUGGUGGUGCUCCUGCAGACGCAGCUGCCGACCCAGGCGCUGCUUCUCCUACUGGAGGAAACGGCGACGGUGGAGCCAUGGGAGGUGACAUUGGAGCCAGCCGCAAGGUGAACUCGACCAGUGCCAUUGUUGCCAGCAGUGCCAUUGUUGGAGCCAUCGCCUACGGUGCCGCCAUGUUCUUCGUUGCCCGCCGAUACAGGAACAAGCGUUUGGCACACCAACGCUCCAGCUCUGUCCCCAGUGAAGGUCGCAUGACUUACGGCUCCAUUCCUGGUGGCGCUACUGCAUGGAUGCACGGUGCCCGUAACGGGCGGAUGACGCCUGGCAGUCGCGGCAGCCAAGGUAGCAGUGCCAGUCAGGGACGCAGCGUUCGCACACAACAGAUCUCAGCGCCCGUUAUGGCUGAGAACUCUCUUGGCUGGAACUGA